CGGAGUGAGCGCAGCCAGGGAUGAGAAACUUGUCCCGGAUAUUUACCUAAGUCUACCUGGCCCUGCCGACGAGCCUCGACCUGAGGGCUUCACAGCGGACACACGGCGGAAUAUGACCCGUCUCUGAUGCGAGACGAGUGAGGUCCCCUCUCAGUGACGAGCUAAGGGCAGGGUGUUUGUCUUGAGAGGGAGGCAGAGUUACCGUGGUAACAGACAUGCCAAAACCGGACCUGCUCUGCCUAGUUCAGCUGCUGGACGGCACCAUUCAGACCUUCAAAGUCAGCAAACAGGAUGAAGGUGUGGUUCUGUUGGACCAAGUAUGCGACCACCUGGGCCUGCAAGAGAGACAGCUCUUCAGUCUGCAGAUCAGAGAAUCUAGCACAGCCAUUGCCUCUAUCACAGCCAACACACUCUCUCCUAGGUGGUUAGAGCCUGAAAAACCCUUGAAGAAGCAGAUAAAAGGUCUUGUAUCACCCUUUUAUCUGAACUUCAGAGUUCGGUUCUUCAUCUCAGAUCCCAACUCUCUGCAGUAUGAACAGACUAGGCACCUGUACUUCCUCCAGAUCAGGAGUGACAUUAGAGAAGGGCGGUUGCAGUGCCCGCUGAGUGCAGCUGUAGUGCUGGCCUCUUAUGCUGUGCAGUCUGAGCUGGGGGAUCACUGUCCGUCCCGACUCUCUGGUUACCUCUCAAAGUGCCACUUUAUCCCUGAGCAGGAUGAAGACUUCCUGUCAAAAGUAGAGGAUCUACAUCCGCAGCACAAGGGAUUGAAGCAGAGCGAGGCAGAGCUGUGUUUCCUCAACACAGCACGGACUCUGGAGUUAUACGGAGUAGAGCGGCAUGCUGCCAUGGACACAAACAACGCCCCACUGAUGGUGGGUUUGGCAUCAAGUGGUGUUGCAAUUUUCUGUAAUGCAGUUUGCUCCAGUUUCUUCCCCUGGGGAAACAUCAUCAAGAUCUCUUUUAAGAGAAAGCGCUUCCUUAUACAUCUGAAACGUAAACAUGGGGAGACCCAGGACUGUGUGAUGUCCUUGGUUCUUACUUGUCCCAAGUCCUGUAAGAACCUCUGGAGGUCCUGUGUGGAUCAUCACUCCUUCUUCAGCUCCAACCGUACUGCACGGAGUCCCAAACACAACAACAGCACAGUUCAGGCCUACAAAAAGUUAAUAACGCAGCAUUUAGGUCUGGGGAACAGUAAAACUGACAGCGGUCCUGUGUGUCAUCGUGUCGUUGGAGGGAUGGUGUGGAACCCAGUUCUACAGAGGUCGCUGUCAUCAGAGCAUCUUGAGACAAAGAGUCUUCCCUCCAGAUCUCCCCCAUCCACCCCAAACUGGCGAAGCCCUCGAGUCCGCCACGGCAUCUCCAAACCCCGCCCGUCAUCAGUGGAACUGAGCAGCGAUCUGAAGGAUAUGUCAGAGGGGGAGGAUGUGUUCUACACAUACAGAGCAUCUGUCAGCAGUGGCAAAGGCAGCGAAGGAGACGGGUCACCACGGCACUUAUCUGGCACCUACAGCCAUGGUCCGGAUGAGGCUUUGUUGCAAGCUGAUGACAGCAUAGGAGAAGACGAUGGUGAUCAGAGUUCACCAUAUCAUGAAAAGGGUACUCCAGGUGAUGGUGACCUGCUCUUGAUACGCAUUGCCCCUGAUCAUGAGGGAAAGUUUGGCUUCAAUGUUAAAGGUGGAGUGGAUCAGAGGAUGCCUUUAGCCAUAUCUCAUGUUAAACCCGAUUCUCCAGCAGGUAGAUGUGAACCCAAACUCCUGGAGGGAGACCUUGUUGUCCUCAUCAACGGUCGAGACAUUUCUGAGCACACGCACGACCAGGUUGUCAUGUUCAUACGAGCCAGCAGAGAGUCACACUCAGGAGAGCUGAAUUUGCUCAUAAGGCGUAAAGGUCCAGGACGGGUGGCACCCCUGCUGCAGUUACCUCCUGCCCUCACACUCACCGGCCAAUCACAGGGAGAUAAGCAGCAGUCACCCGGCCAGUCAGGGCGGGUCACGACACUGGAAGAAUCAAUGAGACAGCUGGAGAGAAGCAUCCAGUCUGGCACACUCUGCUUUCACUUUGAGAAUUUAUACAGGAGAAAGCCUGGCAUGUCUCUGAGCUGCUCUCGGCUCCCAGAAAACAUGGAAAAGAAUCGAUAUCGGGACGUUUUACCUUAUGAUGAUACCAGAGUAGUUCUUCAGGGCCAGGAGGACUACAUCAAUGCCAGCCACGUCACGGUGGCGCCCCCAGUGUCUGGUGUUUGUUUACGUUAUGUUGCUGCUCAGGGUCCAUUGCCACAGACCUGCACUCAUUUUUGGCAGACUGUUUGGGAGCAACAAACACACACCAUCAUCAUGCUUACAACUCUGACAGAGAGGGGACGGACCAAGUGCCACCAGUACUGGCCGCAUCCGCCGGAGGUGAAGGAUUAUGGGCACAUGCGGGUGAAGUGUCACUCAGAGGAGUGUAACCUGGCUUAUGUCACACGACAGUUUACUCUGACGCAUACACAGUGUGGUGAGGAGCGCGCUGUCACACACCUGCAGUACGUUGCAUGGCCGGACCACGGCGUACCUGAUGACCCUUCAGACUUCCUGCUGUUCGUCAGCUCGGUCAGGGAGAGGAGGAGAGGUGAAGAACCACUAAUGGUACACUGCAGUGCUGGGAUUGGACGGACAGGUGUUUUAAUCACCAUGGAAACGGCGCUGUCUCUGUUAGACAAGGGUCUGCCGGUGUUCCCACUGGACAUUGUCAAAACGCUGAGGGAUCAGCGACCCAUGAUGGUUCAGACCACGUGUCAGUUCCAGUUUGUGUGCGAGGCCAUCCUGCAGGUCUACAAAGAGAAACAGGAGAGAUCUACAGCGCCGUAAAAGAAAUCAACAACAGGACCAGAACACUUCACCAUUUCAGCCUCAUCUCACAGAGCUGCCUCCCACGGAAGGACCUCCAGUGCUAUUAGAGAUUAACCUCCAUCAGGCCUAUGGGACUGCUAUGCAGACCGGAUAAUGAGUGAAUAACUAGCUUCAGAACACAGCUGUCUGUGAUCUGUAUAGCCUCAAUUCAUCAUGAGAAUACAAAUCUUACACCUAAUCGGCCUUAUUUUUUGCUGAUAGUGCAUUAAGCUUGUAGAGGCUGCGGUCUCCAUAGUGACUGAUAUAAGACGGAUGUGAGCUGCUAAUUUCUGUUCAAGAGGCAACUCAGGAAUGAUGCCUCCACUUAUUAAGCUAUGUGUGCCUUAGACUGACGCCUCCCAGCCAGCAGAUCGAACAGGGCAGCAGAGACAAACAAGGAUCAUUAUAAUCUGUUGUUUAUCUGUGCGCCCUGAGACAAUGACCAUGGCAGGCUUUAGAUCACCACAGCAGAUAAGGUCACUGUGCAGAGGACCAGAGGAGCACCUACACACUGUUCAUCACCUUUAAAUUAUUAAGACACUCAAUAAAAACACUGAUUUUUACGGA